AUGCGUCACGCGCCUACUAACCUAGCACUGCCCAUUCAAGUACCCUCUUUAAAAUGUGAUACAUGUGCGCAAAACGAUGCAACAGCUCUAUGUAUCGGAUGUUACGGCUCAUUUUGUUUUGAUUGUUUUAUUAAACAUCGUAAAAAGGUUUCAGAAGACUUUGGUAAAUUAAUUUAUGAACAUGACCUAUUUGUAACAUUGUUCAAAGCAAACUCAUCGUCGGCAUCAGCGGCAACAGCAACAGAGUCCACUAAAAAAUUUGAUCCUCUUCGUGUUCUAGCAGAAAUUGACUCGUGGGAAGAAGAUCUACGCACAAAACUUGAACGGAUGGCCAAUGAAGCUCGACAACAAGUCAAAGCUCGUGUUGACGAUCGACACGAUGAAAUAUUUAGAAGUUAUCCAACAAUAAAACAAAAUUUUCAUACAAAAGAGGAAGCAAAGCGGCAUAUUGAAAAUGCACUACCGACUAUUAAAAAAAAAUUAUGUGAAAUCAAUGAUAGUAUUGAAAAUUUUCCUAGUACAAUGUCACUCAAUUUCCAAUCGGAAGAAAUUGAUUUGAAAAAAACUGUCAAAGUGAUUUCUACAAGAAAUCCUAGUGGUACAUCCGGUGUCAAUAGAAAAGCAUCAACAACAGGCACCAUGAAAAUGAAAGAAUCCUUAAAUUUCAAUAAUCUCGGUCAACCUCCAUUUAAAAAAAUUGAACAUCUAGGUGGUGGCAUGGCUAUAGGUGCCUCUGAUAAAUUCAUUGUUUAUACGAAUGAAAAUGAUUUAUGUAUGAUCGAAUUAACGAAAGAAAAUCGUAUCGUUAUUCCGCUGAAAGGCGUCAAUGAUAUAUGCUGGUGUGCAGAAUUCGAUUAUUUUGUUAUCUUAACUGAAAAACGAGUAUUCACGUUCGAUCCAAAUACGAGAGAACUCUAUCACAUAGAUGAAAUUAAAUUAUCAAGCAAAGGCGAGUUUUGGCGAUGUACCUAUGCAGGCAACACGAACACACUUUUAUUGUGUUAUUGGUCACGUGGCGGCUCACCCAUUGAAGAAUGGAAAUUGACUAGUCCAGUAAGAACGAAAUUGUGGCAAGCACCACAAUCAUGCGAAACAACAGAGACUAUCCAGUGUAUGCGUGUGUCAUUGAACGGAAGUUACGUAGCUCUUACAAUCAAUAAUGACGAACAGGAUUACUUUACAUUACGUGAUAGAGACAUGAAACAAAUUCAUCAAAUACCAUUGCGCGUAACUGACUGCUUCAGUUUUGUUUCUCUUCCGAAUAACGCGUGGCUUCUUUCGAUUCUGGCCUAUCAUAAGUUAUUUUUAAUCGAAAGCAAUUAUAAUCUGUCUAAAAUACAACAGACGGAUCCGGAUAAAGCAUCAACACGAGGUAUCGCAAUAUUAGGCGAUAAUAUUGUAGCUGAAAGAACUGCAUCAACCAUCUGCUUUUUUAAGCUGUAG